AUGAGGAAUUGGGUGGCCAAGAGAAGAGUAGAACUACCCAAGAGCAAGGGAACUCAAAAUUGGACUUUUGGAAACGGGAAACUGCAUUGCAGUUUUGGAAACUACAUUGCAGUGAAUAAAGGCCAACGGAGUUGGUCCCUUGCAGACGGUGGCAGGCCGGCGAUGGGCGGUGGUGGUGGCAGGUGGCCGGCGGUGGUGACCGGAACCGGCAUCGGAAUUCCGACGGUGGUGACCGGAAUCAGCAUCGGGAUUCCGGCGGUGGUGGCCGGCGGCGGGAUUCCGGCAAUGGUGGCCAGCGGCGGGAUUCCGCUAUGGUGGUUGGCUUGA